CUAACAUACUUUUUUAUUUUAUAAUAGGCAUAUAUAAACAUAAUGGAUUUCGAAGGGGAUCUCUUUUCGGUAUUUGAACAGAAACCUGAUGAUGACGAUGAUAACAUUAGCAUCAAGCCAACGAAAAAACGUACAAUUGAACCUGAUAAUGAUUCAACCAGUAAAAAACAGAAAAUUGCAGAGCCUGGAGCAGAUGACAAUGAAAUAACACCUUUAAAGAAAACCAAGACUGACGACAGUGAUGUUGCAAUGCCACAGAUUGAAGUUUUACAUUUGAGCACCGCUGAAUCAUGUACACAUGAGGUAGCAGUACCAGGCGGAUUUGAUUAUCAACCGUUGAGUUACAAACCAGAUAAACCUGCAAAGACAUAUCCAUUUAUUCUCGAUCCUUUUCAACAAGAAGCAAUCAAAUGUCUUGAUAAUAACCAGUCAGUGUUGGUGUCAGCUCACACAUCAGCAGGAAAGACGGUGAUUGCUGAGUAUGCUAUUGCUAUGUCUCUUAAAAAACGACAAAGAGUUAUCUACACAACACCUAUUAAGGCAUUAAGUAACCAGAAGUAUAGAGAGAUGUAUGAAGAAUUCCAAGAUGUUGGUUUGAUGACUGGUGAUGUGACAAUAAACCCAAGUGCCAGUGUGAUUAUAAUGACAACGGAGAUUUUAAGGAGCAUGUUGUACAGAGGUUCUGAGAUAAUGAGGGAGGUUGCUUGGGUUGUUUUUGAUGAAAUCCAUUAUAUGAGAGAUAAAGAGAGAGGCGUUGUAUGGGAAGAGACGAUAAUCCUACUUCCCGACAAUGUUAGACAUGUGUUUUUAUCAGCCACAAUUCACAAUGCCAGACAGUUUGCAGAAUGGAUUGCCUAUAUACAUAGCCAGCCCUGUCAUGUUGUGUAUACAGAUUUUCGACCCACGCCCCUUCAACAUUAUAUAUACCCAUCAGGUGGUGACGGAUUACAUCUCGUUGUGGAUGAAAAGGGAGAGUUUCGGGAGGGAAGUUUCAACAAAGCUAUGAGUGUGUUACAAGACAUGUCAACCGUCGAAGGUAGUGCACAAAAAACAAAGAAGGGAAAUAAUAAAGGUCAGAGUGGAUCAAACGUGUACAAGAUAGUGAAGAUGAUUAUGGAGCGAAACUAUGCACCAGUCAUCAUAUUUAGUUUCAGUAAAAAGGAAUGCGAAGGAUAUGCGUUGCAAAUGUCCAAGCUCGAUUUCAAUACAGGUGAAGAGAAAAAACUGGUGGAAGAAGUAUUUCGAAAUGCGAUUGACUGUCUGUCAGAUGAUGACAAAAAAUUGCCGCAGGUUGAGCAUGUUUUACCACUUUUAAAGCGUGGUAUCGGAAUACAUCAUGGUGGAUUGCUUCCUAUCCUCAAAGAAGUCAUUGAAAUCUUAUUUUCAGAAGGUCUUAUCAAAGUCUUAUUUGCCACAGAGACAUUCGCGUUAGGUCUAAACAUGCCAGCCAGGACUGUGCUGUUUACAAGUGCAAGAAAGUUCGAUGGUAAAGAUUACCGUUGGAUCACAAGUGGAGAAUACAUUCAAAUGAGUGGUCGUGCUGGACGUCGUGGGAUAGAUGAGCGUGGAAUUGUUAUUAUGAUUGUUGACGAAAAAUUAGAACCAGAAGUUGGGAAAACGUUACUAAAGGGACAAUCGGAUCCACUGAACAGUGCGUUUCGGUUGACGUACAACAUGGUUUUAAAUCUACUGAGACUUGAAGAAAUCAAUCCGGAAUAUAUGUUAGAAAAAUCCUUUUAUCAAUUUCAAAAUUACGCGGCAAUACCUGUCAUGGUCGAUGGAGUAAAAAAGUUGGAACUGCAGAGAGAUAUGAUAGAGAUACCGAAUGAAGACUCUGUGAUGGGAUACUAUAAAAUUCGACAGCAGUUGAAAAAACUAAGCAAAGAGCUGUUGCAAUACAUUCACCAACCUAAAUACUUACUCCCCUUUUUACAACCUGGUCGAUUAGUUGAAGUACAAAAUGGAGAAGAAUAUUUCGGGUGGGGAACGAUUAUAAAUUUUCAAAAAAAGGCGAAUCAAAAACAGAGCACCUUAAGUUCCACUCCUGAUGAACCGAUAUACGUUGUUGAAGUUUUACUCUACUGCGCAAAAACACCAAAAAAGUUAGCCGGUGGCGAAGUUCCGGUGCCGUGUAAAGAAGAUGGUAAAGGAGAGAUGCAGGUUGUGCCAGUACUCUCCUCCUUACUGCAAUCCAUCAGCAGCAUUCGAUUAUACUUACCAAAAGACUUGAGACCUUCGGACGCAAGACACACUGUGUAUAAAUCACUAAAGGAAGUACAGAAGAGGUUUCCUGAUGGUUUACCAAUGUUAGAUCCAAUCGAAGAUAUGAACAUAAAAGACGACGGCUUGAAGAAAAUUGUGCGUAAAAUUGAAGCACUAGAAAGCCGUCUUUAUUCACACGCUAUGCAUAAAGAUAAAGAUCUUGAAACAGUUUAUAACCUGUGCCAUAAAAAAGCACAGAUUGAGCAAGAAAUAAAAUCCGCGAAAAAGGAAUUAAAGAAAGCGAAAACAAUUUUACAAAUGGACGAGUUGAAAUGUCGCAAGAGAGUGCUAAGAAGGCUCGGUUAUUCAACUGCUGCUGAUGUUAUCGAACUGAAAGGACGAGUGGCAUGUGAGAUUAGCAGCGCGGAUGAAUUGCUACUUACAGAAAUGAUUUUCAACGGUGUUUUCAACGACUUAACUGUGGACCAGAUAGUGGCCAUUUUGAGUUGUUUCGUCUUUCAAGAAAAGGGAGAUGAAGUCCCAAAGCUUUCCGAAGAAUUGGCUGGCCCUCUUCGACAAAUGCAGGAGUCGGCUCGAAGGAUAGCAAAGGUGUCUGAAGAAGCGAAGAUGGAAAUCGAUGUCGACGAAUAUGUCGAGUCGUUUAAACCGCAGAUGAUGGACGUCGUCUACGCGUGGUCGACGGGAUCGACAUUUGCCGAUAUUUGCAAAAUGACGGACGUGUUCGAAGGCAGCGUGAUACGAUGUAUGCGACGUCUUGACGAAUUAUUACGACAAAUGUGUCAAGCAGCUAAAGCUAUCGGAAAUACUGAACUAGAAAACAAAUUUGCAGACGGCAUCACAAAGAUCAAGAGAGACAUUGUUUUCGCGGCAAGCUUGUAUUUGUAAAUGCGCAUGCGUAGAAAAUCUGUUUUAUAUUUCA